GUGGGAGCGCGCGCCGGCCCGUGUCCCUGGCCCCGCGCGCUGGCGGAGAGCCGAGACUCCCACUCACUCCCCGGGUGAGUCGGAGCCCGAGCGUCCGCGGGCGUUCGCGCGUCCGCUUCUCCGGUACCUCCUGGCGCCGCGCGGGGUCCGAGUCCUCACACCGCCCCCAGGUGCGCGGCCGCUGGGACUUCUUGGGGGCACCAGGGCAGACACGCCUGCUAUGGGAUGGAUGAAGAGGAGAACCACUAUGUCUCACAGCUCAGGGAAGUCUACAACAGCUGUGACACUACUGGGACAGGAUUUCUGGACCGAGACGAGUUGACCCAACUGUGCUGUAAGCUUCACCUGGAAAAGCAGCUGCCUAUACUCCUGCAGACUCUUCUUGGAAGCAACCACUUUGCCAGGGUUAACUUUGAGGAAUUUAAGGAAGGUUUUGUGGCUGUGCUGUCAUCCACUGUUGGUGUUGGCCCCUUAGAUGAAGAGAGUAGUUCUUUGGAAUCAGCUGCCUCUUGUGCUGUCCCACCAAAAUAUGUGAGUGGCUCCAAGUGGUAUGGCCGUCGGAGCCGGCCUGAGCGGUGGGACUCUGCCGCUGAAGCCAAAUACGUACCAGAGCAGCAAGCCAAGGCCAGCCUGAAGAGCCAGCUCCGACGUUCUGCAUCUCUGGAAAGUGUGGAGAGUCUCAAGUCAGAUGAAGAAGCCGAGAGUGCUAAAGAGACUCAAAAUGAAUUAUUUGAAGCACAAGGCCAGCUGCAAACCUGGAGUUCUGAGGUCUUUGGGAGCUCCCAAAAGCCCUGCAGUCCCUCCUUGGACUCACCCGAGAGGCAGGUACGGGGCAUCUGGGAAGAGUUGGGGGUUGGCAGCAGUGGCCAUCUGAAUGAGCAGGAAUUGGCUGUGGUCUGCCAGAGCAUCGGACUCCAUGGACUUGAGAAAGAGGAACUUGAAGACCUGUUUAACAAGCUGGAUCAGGAUGGAGAUGGCAGAGUGAGUCUUGCAGAAUUCCAAGUUGGCCUGUUCAGUCAUGAGCCUGCUUCACUUCUGGAAUCUUCUACCCUGCUCAAAUCAAGCAAGCCCUGGUCUCAUUGUCAGGUCCCAACAGAGAACGGCUGCCACCCUACCCCUACCACCUCGUCCCUUGUGUCUGUGUGCUCAGGCCUGCGCUUCUUCUCCAACGUUGAUGAUGGUAGUGGCUUUGCCUUUCCUGAGCAGAUCAUCACCACCUGGGCACAGGAAGGGAUUCAGAAUGGCAGGGAAAUCUUGCAGAGCCUGGACUUCAGCAUGGAUGAGAAGGUGAAUCUUUUGGAGCUGACCUGGGCCCUCGACAAUGAGCUCCUGACAGUUGAUGGUGUUGUCCAGCAGGCAGCCCUGGCCUGCUACCGUCAGGAGCUGAGCUACCACCUAACACAAGUGGAGCAGUUGGUGCAGGAGAGAGACAAGGCAAGACAGGACCUAGAGAGAGCCGAGAAGAGGAAUCUGGAGUUUGUGAAAGAGAUGGAUGACUGCCACUCUGCCCUGGAGCAGCUGACAGAGAAGAAAAUCAAGAACCUGGAGGAGGGGUACAGGGGAAGGCUGAGUCUCCUGCGCUCAGAGGUGGAGAUGGAGCAGGAGCUGAUCUGGGAGCAGGCCUGCAGGCAGAAGGCUGCACUGGAGCAAGAUGUGAGCCGCUUGAGGGCUGAGGAGGCCAGCCUCCAUGAGAAGCUCACCCUGGCCCUAAAGGAAAACAGUCGAUUACAGAAGGAGAUUGUGGAAGUGGUGGAAAAGCUUUCAGAUUCAGAGAAACUAGUCCUGAAACUACAGAACGACCUGGAGUUUGUGCUGAAAGACAAGCUGGAGCCACAGAACAUGGAGCUGCCGUCCCAGGAGGAGCAGUUUGCAGUACUCCUGAAGGAAUAUGAGCUCAAGUGCCGGAGGAUAAAGGAUCUGCAAGAUUGCAAUGAUGAGCUACAAGCUGAGCUGGAAGGCCUGCGGGCACAACUGCCUGAGAGUUGGCAGAGCCCCUCAGAGGACCUGGGCACCCAUGGACAGAGGGUCUCUGGACGUGGCCCAGCAGGCAUUUUGUCUGUGGGUGAUUCCACUCCAGUGAAUAUAGAAACGGAGAUAAUGAUGGAGCAGGUGAAGGAACGUUACCAAGAUCUCAAGAUCCAGCUGGAGACCAAGGUAAAUUACUACGAGAUGGAAAUUGAGGUCAUGCAGAGAAACUUUCAGAAGGAGAGAAAGGAGAUGGAGCAGGCUCACCAGCUUGAGGUUUGCACAUUGGAAAGCCAGAAAGCAGACCUGGAAGCAUUGUAUACCAAGUCUCAGGAGGUCAUCCUGGGCCUGCGGGAGCAGCUGCAGGAUGCAACUCAUGGCCCUGAGCCUGGGCAGACUGGGAUGGAACAGUGCUGUGCGCAGGUGCUGUGUGGCCUGGCCCAGCAACUGAAGGAGGAGCUGCAGCUGAGGCACCAGAACCAACUACAGCAGAUAAGGAAAGAGGCAGAAGAUGUGCUGACCCAGAAACUGUCAUGGCUGGAAGCCCAACAUGUUGCCCGCUGUGAAAGGCUGUCCCUGCAGCAUCAGAGCGAGAAGGACCGCCUGCUGCAGACGCACCUGUGGCGACUGAGGGAGCUGGUGGCACAACUGGACCUGGAGAAAGAGCAGCAGGGAGAGAGAGAGAAGGAGAUCCUCACACGCUGUCAGAAGCAGCAGAUGAAACUGCAGGCAGCGAUGAGUGAGGAACAGGCACAGAUUUGUAGAUCGAUGGCUCUGGAGAAGGAGAAAUUGGAGCACACCUACAGGAAGCAAGUGGAAGGGCUUGCCCAGGAGGCAGAGGCACUGAGGGCCCUCUUGAACGAUGGAACCACUGUGACGGGCAGUGAGCAGGGGGGUAUACCUGGCCUCACAUCCCUGUGCCUAGGUGGGGAGCAACCAUUGGCUCAGUUGGACCUGAAUACUGAUGGAGAGAUGAGGGAACUGGCCGGAGACACGCCUGGCCAGAGGCGAACUGAAGGCAGGGAUUUACCCAGCCAGCCUCGCUGUGUGGACACCACACAGAGCCCAACCCCUGUUCUGGUAUCCAGAGAGUCCUUGAAAAGCUUCAGCCUAGGAGAGAACUGUCAGGGUCCGCUCAGUGCUGGGGAGGUAGCUUCUGUUCCCUUGGAGAAGAGGUCAUACAUGCAGCCAUGCGAAGGGAACAAGGGAGCCAUUGCAGAGGAGCCAGUGCCUUCUGCCAGGGCCCCAAUGGGUCUGGGCCAGGCUGAUGCCCAGGAGCUUCCCGUAUUGGCCACAGAGGGGAUUGCCUGGUUGGCUCAGCCCCAGACAUUGGAGCCAUGGCACAGCCCAGCCACUUUGGAGGAGCAAGCCAGCAGCCUGAGCAGGGACCCAGCCCCUGAGAGUGGUCCUGGCCAGGUCUUUGAGGGGAUGUCCAGGGGUGGUGACGAUGCCCUGGAGACCUGGCUUGAGCACAGCCAGGAGGCUGCCCGUUGGGGGUCCUCCCUGUUACACUCCAAGCUCCCAGACCCACAGCAGCCUGGGCUGGAGUGUCUUACUGCCCUGGAGGAGACAGAGGCCAAAAUGGCAUUGGAGAAAGAGAAGAGUGAUAUGAGAAACAAACUUCUCCAGCUGGAAGAUGUUGUCCGGGCUCUCGAGAAAGAAGCAGACUCAAGAGAGAAUGACAGAAUCGAGUUUCAGAGGAUUUCUGAAGAAAACAUGUUGUUGAAAAAUGAUCUGGGAAAGAUUCAGCAGGAACUUGAAGCUGCAGAGAGCACAAAUGAUGCACAGAGAAAGGAAAUUGAAGAUUUAAAGAGAGACAAAGAAAAGACCUGCCUUGAAAUGGAAGAACUCAACAUACAGAUUCAGAAAUACAAAGAUGAAUUGUCACAGCUCAACUGUAGAGUCCUUCAGCUGGAAGGAGAUGCUUCUACACAUCAGGCCCUAAAGGAGAAGAAUCACAUUGCCAUUCAGCUGUUAAGGCAGAGGCUGGAGGAGGCAAGGCGCCGGGAGGAGCAGCAGGAUAACCAAAUCAAAAAACUUGAAGUUGAACUUCAACACGUGAAUCAGGAAUGUCAGAAUCUGAGGCUGUCACAGUCAGAGCUGAAAGUGAGCCUUGAAGAAAGUCAAGAACAGUUACACAGCGCCCAUCUGAGGCUGAAGGCAGCCCAAUCCCAGCAUGCACAGGAGGUUCAGCACCUGCAGGAGCAGAAGAGCCAGCUGGUGCCUAGGGCCCGUGUGACUGAGCUGCAGCACCUACUCAGCGUCCAAGAAAAGGAGGCUGGGAGACUACUGGAUGCACAGAGAGAAGAACAUGAAAGGCAGAUGAAAACCAAGGAAGGGCAGGCCAAAGAGGCAGAGAUGUGCUUGCAGAAUGUAGAAUGGCUCCUACAAGAGAAGGUGGAUGAGCUGAGAGAACAAUUCAAAAAGAACACUAAAUCUGAUCUGCUGCUCAAGGAACUCUAUGUGGAAAAUGCUCACCUCAUGAAGGCUCUUCAGGUCACAGAAGAGAAGCAACGAGGUGCUGAGAGCAAAAACCGCAUUUUGGAAGAAAAAGUCCAUGCUCUCAACAAACUUAUCAAUAAGAUUGCCCUAGCAUCCCUCUCUGUGUAAAUACUGCUGGUUUCCUAGAAUUCAUUCUAAGGAAUGUUUUGUUUCUGUUUUUGCAGUACUGGGGAUUGAACCAAGGGGUGCUCUAUCACUGAAAUACAUCUCCAGCCCUUUUAAAGAAUUUUUAAUUUUUUUUUUUUUUUGAUAUAGGGUUUAAAUUGCUCAGGCUGGCCUGGAACUUGGGAUCUCCUAUCUCACCCUCCCAAGUACAAUAACAGGGAUUAUAGGCCUGGGCCAUUACACCCAGCUUCAAGAACAUCUUUUAAAAUUAAACCACUCUGAUUCCAUAAUUUGCUAUGGUUCAUCAUCUGUGCACCCUCAGAAACUAAGGAUUGUAAUUCUUCACCCCUAAAUUAACGAAUGUCCACUAUGUGCCAGAUGCUGGAAAAAUAUGCUGGCGCAAUAGAGAAUGUUUUGUAUUAGCUAUCAGGAAUAAUUUCCAGUCUUGUUACAUACUAAUGAAACAGAUUUUGGGGGUUCUCAGCAAAGAACAGCUAAGAGAGUUGUUAAAUUUUCAGUGUUUAACCUUUGGCAAAGGUUAUUUCUGGGGGCUUAGAUCAUUAAAGCACUUGAUGAUUGGUCUAUACACACAUUCCAGAAAGGCUUCUGUUGCUGAGAACGGUCAACCAGCAAUACAGGAGGGGACAGAAACCCUGCAGGUACUGCUCCCUUUGAGGGUAAGUCUGGGAAGAGCCUAAGUUCUGUUGACUCAGGGAUGAUCAUGUUUAUUGCAAAUGCAAUCUUUUCUUCCUUGAAAUGUCAUCACACUGGAAAUUGUACCUAUGUAAAAAAAGUAUAGUUUUCUAUCUGAAAUAUACAUAAAUUAUGGCCAUUUGGUUUAUCAAAAUGUACUACUGUAAUAUGAAGUCACUGUAUUUACAAUAAAUUCUUUUCUAUUAAAAUUGUUUUUUAAAAUUUUCAAA